AGAAACAUCAAGUCCGCCUGGGCUGCUACCGGCUUAUUUCCAUUCAACCCUAAAAGAGUACUAAAGGAUUUUCCGGUGCCUCCGUCUAACACUACUAGUCUCGGUAUUGAAAAGGCAAUAGGGACUUCUCUCCAAGAUAAAGCACCACCUACACCAACAACUCCUGUAACUCCUGUGACACCUGUAACGGUGCAGGGUUUAGCGUCCUUGCAAGAUCUCAUCAAACGGGAUGCCCAAGCACUUGAUCUCACGAACCAAAUUCGCCUUCAGAGGCACGUACGCAAACUGGCCAGUGCCGCCCAAAUGUCUUUCGCGGAACGAGCCCUCCUCCAAGACCAGAACCGAUUCCUCUUCAACGUGAGCAAUAAAGCCAGAGCUCGUCGUUCGACCAGGUCUCUAGUAUUGGGGAAGGCGAAGGUGAUAAGCUAUCAGGAUCUUGAGGACGCGCGUGCGAAGCGUGCUGCUAAAGAGCAAGCUGCCACGAAUAAAGGCACUCGUGGCCGCAAACGCAAGAGUCUUGUGCUAGACCCGAGUGCAGACUUUUUGGAGCCAGAUGGUGAAACUAUGCAAGUUUGUGAAGAGCUUGAAGUAGAGGAGGCCCCAAUCGUGCAAUGGAGGGCUCCUGUAGCGCGAAUGUAUUAA